UAUUGUUUGCGUUGUGAUGCAUAAUUCAAUAAUGUUACAUACUUCACAAAUCACAAUGUUUUGAAAUUUUGAAUUGUACAUUUGUACCUAGUUAUUAGGUACAUCAUUGCCCAUUGAAAUUUGUAAGUUCAAGUUUUGUUCUUGUUAAUUGUUAUACGCGACUGCAUGAGUUGAAUCAAGAUCGUGCAUACUUCUCGUCAUUGGAUGUGGGAAUAAGAACAGGAAUAAUUAUGAGUAAGUAUUCGAGUGAUUCAAACUCGCGUGACAGAACUAGAAGUUAUAGUCGUUAUUAUAACCAAAGGCACAGGUCUUCAAGUUCUUCAUCUACAGAUAAUUCAAGAUAUUCAAAAAAAAAACAUUCAAGCAGAUCUGGAUCAAGGCACCAUAAGAAAUCGAAACGUAAACAUAGAUCCAACAGUUCAUCGGAUCAUUCAUCGUCAAGACACAAACAUUCUAGCCGUUCCUACCGUAGAGAUGAAAGUCGUUCAAAAAGAAAACAUCGUAGAAAAAGUUCAUCUUCUAGUUAUGAAUCAAAUAACUCCAAUUCUUCGUUUAAAAAUCAUCAAUCUAAAAGUUCCAAAACUUUCAAUGAUAACGAAAAAAAUAAAAGGGUACAAGAUGAAUUGUUAGUUAGGAAAUCUGAAACUGUUAACAAAAAUGAUCAUGAUACAAAUUGGCUUCAAAAAAAUGUUUUGGAUAUUGUGAAGAGAGAAAAUUCUAUAGAACAGAUCAAUCAAGAAGGAUUUGUUUUCAAAGUUUUCAAUCCAUCAUCGGAACAUAAAGAAGAAGAGACUACUGACAAGUCCAGAUUUGAUAUUCCAAAAGUAAAUGAAGAAGGCACUAGUACUUUGCCUAAAGAUGAAUCAACUUUUAUUAUUUGUAAUCCAGAAAGAUUACUAAAUGCAAAGUAUAAAUUACUUACAAAGCAAGAGCGGUGCUUAAACUGGGCAAAGCAAUUGUUUGCAUCUUACAAUCAGUCUGAGCAUAACGGUGGACAAUUUAAAAACUAAUGCAACUGAAAUUAUUUUGUUCAAUAUUUACCUUUUAAAUACCGCAAGAAUUCAAUUUGCAACUAAUACCUACCAUUAAAUUAUUUUUAUUAAUGUUAUUUUUUUUACUUAAAAGAUCUAAGGACAUUAUAUUGAGAAAUUAUAUUUUUGCAAGGAUUUAAAUAUAUUUUGGAAAUAUUAAAUCAGCAUUUUAUUAACAUUUUUGACAUUGUUCAUACUUUGUAAACUCAUCAUAACAUAGUUUCAUCAGUGACAUUGAACAUAAAUAUAAAUAUUUGUAUUAUGGAAUUAAAACUUAACUUCAUAAACGUCAAGAUAUCAGUUUUUAUAAAUAGUAUAGUGUAUAAAGAGAUAAUUUUACAGUAAUUAAAUUAUUUUUUUUAUGUAUAAUUAAGGCUUGUAUGGUUUAUAUUUAACCCUAUCAAUAUUUUUUUUAUCAUUGUAAUGUGACAAAAACAUCUGUUAACAAUUGUAAUAAACCUUUUUUAAUAUGUUGAGUUUUAUGAAGAUAGUAUAUUAAUAUAAAAUACAGAAUGUACUCAUCUUAUGUUUUUGUAUACGUGGUUUUGAUUAUACUAUUAUUUAAUAAUAUAGAAUUUUAAUAAAAUGAAAAAAGUAUUUCUUUA